ACCCACGCGACCAACCCCCAAGACGCGACGAAACAAAUUGCGGCGGCGCCACUGACCGAUCGCAUAGCUCGACGACAUAACCCGAGUCGCAACAUCACCGAGACCACGAUUCUACCAUCCUCAAACAGCAAAAACUCAAGACACUUUCGAGGUAACCCCCAGCACCACCACAACACCUAGCCGAACGAAGCUUUCCAAGAUGAGGCUCACGGCGGAGCUCAUCAAGGGCUCGCUCUCCUACCUGAACCCGCUCAAGGAGCGAGAGCUCGAUCUCCGAGGACAUCGAAUCCCGGCGAUUGAGAAUCUGGGUGUCGCAGGCCCCCACGACUCCAUCGACUUCACCGACAACGACAUCCAAGUCCUGGGCAACUUCCCGCUCUCGGCGCGCCUCUCGACGCUGCUGCUGGCGCACAACCGCGUCGCGAGCAUACAGGCCACGCUCCCCCAAGCGGUCCCGAACCUGCAGCAGCUCGUGCUGGCGUCGAACCAGAUUGCGCAGCUCGCGGACCUGGAUGUGUUGGCGGGGUUCAAGCGGUUGACGCAUUUGGUGUUGGUGGAUAACCCGGUGACCAAGAAGGAGAACUACCGAUACUGGGUCGUCUGGAGGUGUCCGACUGUGCGGUUCCUGGAUUACCAAAAGGUCAAGGAGGCGGAGAGGGAGAAGGCGAGGGAGCUGUUUGGUACGGCGGAGGAGCCUACGGAUGCGGCGGCCAAGAUCAUGGGCAACAAGUCCAAACAACUCGACAUCGCCGCCUCCAACGGCACGGCCGGCGGCGGCGGCGGCGGCGCGACCUCGAAGCUCUCGAGGAUAAAGCUCACGGACAAGGAGAAGGAGCGGCUGAAGGAGAUGAUCAAGAAGGCCGACAGUCUGCAGGAGAUUAUCCGGCUGGAGAAGAUGUUGACCGAGGGGACUAUCCCGGCGGGUGUACACCUGGAUGGGGACGCCACCAUGGAGGACUGAGUGUUGGUUGCGGCAGGAGGAUGCCCCCCUACCCUCGAAUACCUCUUAUUUUCAAGAGAGACAGAUAGGACGGGCGAAGGAUUCAC